AUGGCUCGAAUAAACUCGAAAUCUCAUUCACAACUUGACCCCUUCAAGUUGUUCUAUAGGGGUCUUGAUCCAAGGUCUACUGCUGAUAUGUUCUCCGAUUCGAUCUGCAUAGGUGAAAAGCCAGUGCAUGGUGAAGAUUGCUUUGUACUAAAAUUUGAAGCAGAGCCCUCAUCUCUAAAAGCAAGAAGUAGUAGCAAUGUUGAAAUUAUGAGACAUACUGUUUGGGGCUAUUUUAGCCAAAGAACAGGACUAUUAGUCCAACUUGAAGAUUCACAUCUUCUAAGACUAAAAUCUCCAAAAGAUGAUGUCUUUUGGGAAACAACAAUGGAGUCAUUAAUCCAAGAAUAUCGAACAAUCGAUGGUGUUAACAUAGCACAUGCUGGCAAGACAUGUGUUUCCUUAUUCAGAUUCGGCGAAAACUCAGAAGGACAUACAAGGACUAGGAUGGAAGAAGUUUGGACAAUUGAAGAAGUUGAUUUUAACAUAAAGGGACUAUCUUUGGAUUGUUUUUUACCACCAAGUGACAUGAAAAAAGAUGAUGAUCAAGAAAUUAUUAGUGAUGAUGAUGAUAUAAACAAGAAUUCAAGGCUUGAAUCCAAGAAUAUUACUCAUCAUGUUAAUAAUCCUAGAUUUAUAACUGCUAUAAAAGGUGCAGCCAAAAUUGUUGCUAUUGAUCAAGAUUCAGAGGACUAG